GACAAAUAUUCUAUAGUCAUUGCCUGCAGCAUCAAACCAAUGUUUUACAGGCAUGCUUUGAGUCUUUUUUAGAGUGUAGGUUAUCUGAAAAAUACAAGACACUAUGCAGCACCUAAUAUGCACAAGUUUGCAUAAAAAUAUGUAAGGAGAAGCACUUUUAUGUGCACACUAUAGGCUGACAUAAUGGAUGAAGCUGCAUGUUGCUUUCUUCCUUCAGACGGAGCUCUGCAGUAGGAUGCAGGUUUGUAUCUCCAUUUAUUCCCCCCCCCAGAUGACUUCCCUGGUCUGCUCGCUCAUUCUGUUUGGCUCGGCAGUCGCAUCUCCUCUAGGUUUGGAAGAUGUUUUCUUUAGUCCCCAGGACCAGACAAUCAAAGAAGGAGAGGUGGUUUUCUUGCAGUGUGUAUCUGGAGAAAGUUCACCUACAGCAAACAUCACGUGGCUCAAAGAUGGACAGAUGGUCACAAGAGGCAGACAGUUUCAGGGGGAAUAUGGGGGAGGUCAACAGAAGAAAACUUCAGGCACGCUCCACCUUUUCAACGUAACAUUGGAGGAUGAUGGGAUAUAUAUUUGUGUCACACACAACUCUUUACUGAAAAUCAGCAAGAGGAGUAAACCAGCUAAACUAACUGUGGAAGUAGGGGUUCCUCAAAGUCUGAAGAUCAUCCAGGGCCCUGACAACAUCACAGUUACUAUGGGAACUGAGGUCUCCAUGCAAUGCACAGUCCGUGGCUUCCCUGUUCCCAUGGUGCACUGGUUCAAAGACGGCUGCCUCCUGUCGAGCUGCUCGGCCUCAUUCAGCCUCCUGAACAAUGGACAGCUGCUCAUACUAAGAAAUGUGACAAAGAAGGAUGAAGGUUUGUAUCACUGUGAAGCAUCAAACCAGGAGGAGACUAUCAAGUCACAGUCAGCCUUCCUACUCCUAGCUGACAUGCAUUGGAGUUUUGUGCAGCAGCCUACAAGCAUGGCUGUAAGGAAAGGAGAAAAUGUCACGCUCACUUGCAGACCUCCACACAGUCAGGCAGAAGCUGAGGUGUCCUGGUUCAAAAACAACCAACUUCUCUCUCCAACAAUAAACAUGACAGUGCUGCCCACUGGGGACCUCUUCUUUUACCGCAUCCAGGACGAUGAUGGUGGCAGCUACUUCUGCAGGGCUUCCAACACCCACCUCCACAGAUUCCUCACGUCUAGAAGAGCGACUCUAACUGUGCUGGCUCCUCCUGUAGUGAAAUUGUGGCCCACGGUGUUGACGGUUCCUAUGGGAGCCCGAGCAGUACUGGAGUGUGAGGUGUCAGGUCAUCCUUUGCCGUCUAUCAGCUGGAUGAAAAGAGGCCACUCGAAGCAAACCGGAGGCAGGAUUGCACUGGGACAGAGAAAUGCUACUCUUUACAUCCAGUCAGCCAGGAUCUAUGAUGAGGCGGUCUAUGUGUGUGAGGCCUCCAACAUCCUGGGAAAAAGCCACAUGACCGCCCUGCUGAGAGUUGCUGUGAGUCCCAUUAUUGUGACCUAUAUAAGCAGGGUGAACAGUGACAUUGGGGCAUCAGUGGUUUUGCCCUGCAGAGCAGUUGGGAUUCUUCCCAUCACAUAUAGCUGGGCCAGAGCAGAGACGCAGUCACCUGUCGGCCACACUGAAAACAUACAUGUUGAUGAAGAUGGAGCACUGCACCUUUCCAGCGUGCAGUACUCGGAUGCGGGAGAGUACACCUGCACUGCUGAGAACAGAGCUGGACGACAUCAGAGACGCGCAAUCCUCAAUGUCACAGAUCGCCCAGCUGAUAGAGGGAGGCAGACAAGGCUGGUUCUGUCUGGUAGCACUAAUGUUAGCGAAGAUCAUCUUGUUUCCCAGCCAAGGAGAUCUUCAGCUGAGCAGGACCUUAAACCAGCUCACCAUGUACUGGCACAGCAGAAGACAACGUGUUUCAGCUGCAACAGCACUACCACAACUCCGGCUUUUUCCAGAAAAUUCAUACCUGAGCAAAAGACAAAAUCAGGGCCUGAUCAGAUUUUGCAGGAAAUGAUACAUCCAACCCACAUGUUUGUUACACAGAUGCAGCCGCCCAUAUUACCACCUCCUCCGCAUCCAAACUUUAUGUCAGGCGAUCUCAAAUCCCAACUUCCACUGACAAAAGAUCCACUUUUUAUUUCCACUAGUCAACCACCUGUUACACAUAGUUCAACAACUGUCGCUACCAAUAAAGGUUUUGGUCUGAGUCUUCAUUAUCAGCCCACUGAAAGUGAGACAUUAACAUCAACACAUCAAUUUGAGCCAUUUAAAGUAGAUAAUGAGUCUCCAGUGAAUCAAGUAACCGAUAUGCUCAGAGAUUUGAUGGGUUCAGAGACACCAGGGCCAACCCAGAGUUCUGUGUCCCAGAAUAAAGUCAGACCCUCUGAUUUAGUGACAGUUACUUCAGAAGCUGAAUCAUAUAAUUUAAAAACUCAUUCUUUCCACCAAAGACACAUCCUCUCCAAAAAAGAGGCAUCUUCACAAAUUUCUCCAACCAAGCCAACUAAUUUACAGUAUUCACCAUCUUUCCAACAAACUUCACACAUUCUUCCUGGCCAACCCAUCACACCAAUGAGUUUUCUCCCAAAGUUUCAUCUUGAAAUCCCCCACAUGCAACCUCCAUCGCCGUUAAUCACCGAGCCUCAACCACUCCAGUUUGAUGAUCAACCCCCAGACACAACGUUAAGCCCUGGAUCAUCUCAACAGCACCGGCCAGUAUCAGACCCUAAAAACACCAGUCAUGUCUACUGGUUGAAUCAGCUAAAUGCUACACAGAGAGAACAACCAUCCAACAGCACAGAGAUCACAGACUGGAAAAAGAAGAACACCUCCCAGUCCCCGAUGACCAGCAAUGAUCCCAUGGGGACACAACAGUCACCAUCAUGGCUGCCAGUGCUUGAGAAACACGACAUCCCCAUUGUGGUUGGAGUGGGCAUAUCCCUGGCUUUUAUCUUCAUAACUGUUACCUUCUAUUCGAUGGUCCAGAAGAACGAACCAACACCUCCAGGUCGAGCGGCACAAAGAAAUCUUGGUGUCCCAAAAAGACAUGCUGAUCGUCAAGCUGAAGGACACACUUAUGAAAACAGAGCUUUUGAGGAUGAUGACUGUGUCACAGUGAUUGAGCAGAGCCCCAACACGUCAGAUACACGGGCCCGACCUCAAGGGCCCAGUCUGGUCACUGUGCAGAUGGAACCAACUUUUGAGGAGAUUCAAGAGGUCUCCCACCCCACUGUGGACCACUACUCAGUGACUGUGGAGACUCAUCCUGAGCCCAUUGUUGACACAAAGAUUGACUCAUCCCUAGAGGAGGAUAAGAGAUGCAGUUUGUCCCUGCCCAGCAUCCAGCCGCAGUGUGAGGACUGGACAAGCACCACGGGGCAGAACCACAGCCCGUCCCAGGAUGCCUUUCCUCCUCCAUCCUCUUUACCCUCUCAUUCUCCAUCCCCUUCCCCAUCCCUACCCUCCAGACGUGAAGAAGCUCUACACUCCUCUCUAACACUGCAGAGCGCAGAGCCAUGUGCUGCACCCAUCCACCACAGCCUCAGCAUCUCACAUGUCAGCCCUCCUCUGCUGGUCUCUCAUCAUGUCUCUUUGGGCCUCACAUCUAUUGCUGUUGAUGUCCAGGUCUAUCCAACAGCCUCUGCUUCUACAGCAUUAAGCACCAGCACUCACAUCAACUCUGUUUCAAACUCAGGCUCUGUGACUGCACCCUUGUUCAGUCCUCCAUUGUUCAACAGCCAAGAGAACGAUGAUCGAUCAACUGCCAGGUUGCAUCAAAGUAAGUAGCUUGAGACAAAUGUUUGACCAAGCAGCCAAGGACCAUCUGCAUCAUAGAGAGGAUGAAAUGUGGGCAAAUGUGUUUCAUCAUUAAAAAACUGUAAAUAAUUAAUUCAUAUGGAAAAAUCUGCUUAUUUGAUUUGAUGGUAUGAGAUUGACUUGUAAGUUAUAUGUUUAUUUUGCUCACAACCACACAAACUUGUUUGCAGUCUUUUAAAGGGGUUUUGAUCAAAAGUUGUUCAUGCUUUCUGAAGUGUUUUUAAGGUUUUGUUUUGGACCUUGUCUGCUUUUUCUCUCAUUUUUAUUCCAAAACUACAAUUUUCAGAAUGUAAAAAAAACACACAAUGAUACCAAAUCCUGAGACAUUUAAAUACAGUUUCAGCACCAACAAUAUGAUCCACAGAACUAUUAGAUGAAGACUUGACAUACAGGAUGAUCAUCUGAAAGAUUUUGCCUCUUUUAGAUCCUAUGUAAGGAGUUUUCCUAUUUCUUAACAAUAUAUCUUAUAAAUACUGUUCACCAGCUGUAAAUUCUUUGUUUGCCUUGUCUUUCAUUAUGGUGUCAUCUUCAUGUGCAAGGAUGUGACAAAAAACAUGAGCCAAAAACUCUUGAUCAAGAUCACUUUGAAAUAAAAAAAACUUAAGUCCAAGACAGUUUGAGUCAUUGUAAGCUUUUUCAGUUCCCAUAUAGUUGGUUAUAAAUGGGUUUCAUCCAAUUUGAUUCCAGAUUUUGCAUGAAUGUCUUUUUGGAACACAUAGAGUUCUGUGAAAGAGUUACCUUAAAAAAUAUUUUGAAAGCUAUAGGGUAUCCAAAACCAACCUGUAAGAAAUCGAAUUGCACCUCUUGUUCAGUCAUCAAUAAACUGUGAUAAAUUGUUUUUACUGUAGUGUAUGGGUCCAUCACAGAUAAUCACAGCUGUCACCACAGGCUCGUUCAAGAGGGAAGAAUGUUGCAAAGUCAGAUGAUGAUGUUAACAUUAUGAACAAUAUAUCGAUUUGGAAUUGACUUUGAAUCUGUCUGUAUGAUUGGAUUGAAUAGACUUUAUAUCUCUGUAUAUAAAUUGGAUUUUUUUCGUACAGCGCACCCAUCCACCACAGCCUCAGCAUCUCACAUGUUAGACAUUUGUUAUUUGUUGUGAAUUGCCCCUAUAUUAAAAUUGUAACACUGGACAACUUGCUCUCUAGAAGAACAGUGUACAGCAAAAUGUCCAGGAAUGAGUUUGCGGUCUUAAGCUAAAGUUUACUUGGUUUAUGCAGCAGGAAAUUGUUCCAAAACACCAAAUCGACCUGAAUUCCUGAAUAACCUAAAAGAAGAUUUGAGUGGCCUAGUCAAAGUACGUUUGAAGGGUCAUUACUUUUUUAAAUAGAGGCAGGUUUGUGUGGAUAGUUUUUCAACUCCAAUAAAUUAAAUCAUCCAUGGAAACUUACUGACAUUAUUCUUACCUGAUGUUAUUCUAAUUGUUUUUUUUUUUUUAUGAUCUGUAACAAUUAAAUGUCACAAAAACAAACAAAACAACUGAGAAAUCAAUUAGGGGGCAAAUAUCUUUUCACAGAACAGUAAAACCUUUCUUGCACUUCUAGUUUAGUUCUAAAUCUAACCUAGACUAAAUUUGUCUUGAACGGACAUGGCUUUUUAUUUGCUUUAGGUAAACUUUUCCUCAGUGUUUUCUGUUCAUUUUUAUAUGUUGUGCUUUAUUUUCUCUACUCAACUAUAUUUAUUGAUGUACAAGGGCAAAAUACUAAAAUAAUUUAUCUCUGGGCUGCUGUCACCACAUCUUGUUGGCGAGUGUAAUUUAGAUAGCAGACUGUGUGGCAAUAAAUCACAAGUGGUGAACACAACAUAAACCAAAUGAUGUAAAUGAAUCUGAACAUUUAUUGUAAAAUAAAAACAGAGUACACGUCAUUGAAUUAAAACAUUGUUUCAGUAUAUAAAGGUUAAAAGUUGUUUUGAGUAAAUAAAUUGUUUUCUGUUUUUCAUCUCUGCAUGUUGGGCUUAAAUAUUGUGGUUGCUUUCCUAGAAUAUGUGUACCUAUACAACCAGUUUUGUUACACCCUAGCUUUAUGUUUGUUUACAUGGUAUAUCUGUAUAUAGAUAAAGUAAAAUAAUUGAAAUGUUUUAUGUUUAGUAAAACAGCCAAGAAAACUUACAGUUAUUACAUCUCAUUCUUUAUAACAAGGUACUUGACUGUUACAAGAUAUUUUUGUUUACCAAACGAGGGUCAUUGUCAAUAAACACUGACAUUCA